UUUUCAUCGGUACUAUUCUCCGGAAGCAGUUGGAACAGAGAUCUAGUCUAAAUUUAGUUGCAAAUUAUGACAAGACUAUCAUAACACAAACAUCUGGUACAGGAGCUUAGUUUUAAAUUGCAUAUUCUACCAAAAUAAUGACAUACUUCACAUCAUGGGAAGAAUUUGCUAAAGCUGCAGAGCGUUUAUAUUUAAAUGAUGCUUUAAAAUGUCGCUUUGUAACCAAAUACAGACAUUGUGAUGGGAAACUUACUUUGAAAGUUACAGAUGAUAAAGUGUGUCUUCAGUACAGGACAGAACAUGCUCAGGAUAUUAAAAAGCUUGAAAAAUUGACUGGGCAGCUAAUGAGGCACAUGGCCUCUAAGGAAAAAUAAUCUGCAAUUGACACUGAGUUUUUCUAGAUAUAAUGGUGCAAUUUUUCAAUACCACAGUGUUGAUAGGAAGCUGUGGAACAUUUUCAGUGCAGCAAAAACCUACCCAAUAUUGGGCUUUUUAAUUUAAGUGGUGCAAGAUUGAUCUUUUUAAUGUUAUGUAAGUCAUUUAAUAUUUAUGAUAGUUGAAAUGUUUGAGUGAUACCUCUUUUGUUAUAAUUAAAUGACCAAAAGAAGCUUGAAGCAAC